UUGCCUAGUCAUGGUCAAACACUAGGUAUAUUUAGAUUCAUGUAUCAGAGAGCUCAUUUAUGACUGCAGGAUUUUCUUUCCUUUUCCUUUUCAUCUUUUCCCCCCUCAUCAGAAAAAGAUACUACUAGGAUAAAUACUUAAAAUUGCUAUAGAAAUGGAAAUUUGGCAAAGCAAAAGAGAGAGCUAUUAUAUGAAAGGGAAACAAUUGCUAUUCAAUUUCCAGAAUCUUCCACAACAAAGGCGCAAACAUGGUGAAUCGUAUUACGCCGAUGCAAAUUCAUACGGGAAUUGCUUCGUGAAGUGCAGCGUUAUGUCACACAAAAUGCUUUCAGAAGAGGAAAUGAUGUCGCUGUUGCAUUUGCUGCUCAAGGUAAAGGUAUGAGUAGGGAUAUGAAUAGAACUCAAUGCUACAAUUGCAAGGAAUACGGCCAUAUUGCUAGAACUUGUGGCAAGAAGUUCUGUAAUUAUUGUAAAAAACAAGGACACAUUAUCAAAGAGUGUCCCACACGCCCUCAGAAUCGUAAGGUAAAUAAUUUUCAUGCAGCAAUAAAUGGUUCCACUCUUGAGAACUCAUCUUCAGGACCUUCUGGACAAGUUCUUACUCCUGAAAUGGUACAACAAAUGAUCGUAUCAGCCUUUUCAGCAUUGGGAUUACAAGGAUAAGGUGUCGGGGAUGAUAAUCGCGAAGGGGCCUAAAGUUGGAAGAUUGUUUCCUAUACAAUUUUUCAUUCCUCCUGUUAUAUCUUUUGCUUGUACUUCUACGGCUAAUAAGACUGAGCUUUGGCAUAAGCAUCUAGGACAUCCAAAUUCUGUUGUGUUGUCUCAUUUAUCAAAUUCUGGUUUAUUAGGAAGUAAAAAUCAAUUUUCCCCUGCUUCAUUUGAUUGUUCUACUUGUAAAUUAGCCAAAAGUUAAAUUCUUCCUUUUCCUAAUUUGGGUAGUCGUGCUACAAAGUGUUUUGAUGUUGUUCAUAGUGAUGUUUGGGGUAUUUCACCAAUUGUUUCUCAUGCUCAGUUCAAGUACUUUGUGACAUUCAUGGAUGAUUAUAGUCCAUUUACGUGGGUGUAUUUUCUUCGUACCAAAUCUGAAGUAUUUUCCAUGUUCAAGAUAUUUUUGGCUUACAUUGAGACUCAAUUUUCUACUUGUAUCAAAUUAUUAAGAUCUAAUUCUGGUGGAGAAUAUAUGUCAAAUGAAUUCCAAAAUUUUUUGCUUGACAAAGGAAUUGUCUCACAACGCUCUUAUCCAUAUACACCAUAACAAAAUGGGGUCGAUGAGCGUAAAAAUCGUCAUCUUUUAAAUGUCACUCGUACUUUAUUGAUUGAGUCCUCUGUCCCAUCUAAAUAUUGGGUUGAAGCUUUGUCUACUGCUGUCUAUUUAAUUAACAGGCUGCCAUCUAAAGUUUUAAAUUUUGAGUCUCCAUAUUUUCGUCUUUAUCACAAAAAUCCAAGCUAUGAUAAUUUUCAUACAUUUGGUUGUAUUUGUUUUGUGCAUCUUCCUCCUUAUCAACGUAAUAAAUUUUCUGUUCAGUCUACUAAAUGUGUUUUUAUGGGUUAUAGUACUUCACAGAAAGGUUUUCUUUGUUAUGAUCCAUGUUCUAAUAAAUUUCAUGUUUCUAGAAAUGUUGUUUUCUUUGAGAAUCAGUAUUUUUUCCUACUCAUGUUGAGUCAUCUCCUGCUUCUCUUCUUCUUCCUACUUUUGAAGAUUUGUCAUCUUCUUCUAAGAGGUUCAAACCCGGAUUUGUGUACGAACGUCGGCGGCCAACUUUACCCCUCCUGAUAUUGAUCCGCCACCUAAAAACUGCACCACAACUAGAAUCUGAGAAUUCUUCAAGGCCUGCUCCUCUUGAGCCCACUCGACGAUCUGCGAAAGUAUCUCGUACUCCUAAUUGGUAUGGCUUUUCAUCUACUUUAUCCACCAUUUCUGUUCCAACUUGUUACUCACACGCUUCUAAGCAUGAAUGUUGGCAGAAGGCAAUGGAGGAAGAACUUUUGGCUCUCAAAGAAAAUGACACAUAGGAUAUUGUUUCAUGUCUUUCAAAUGUCCAUCCAAUUGGAUGUAAAUGGGUUUAUUCAAUUAAAUUUCAUUUUGAUGGAACUCUUGAUCGGUACAAAGCUUGGUUGGUUGUUCUUGGUAACAAGCAGGAGUAUGGUGUGAACUAUGAAGAGACUUUUGCACCGAUAGCAAAAAUGACGAAGGUCUUCAGGAUUCCUGCUCUGUGGAUACUCCAUUAGAAUUGAAUGUAAAGUAUUACCGGGAGGAAGGCGAUCUUCUUCCUGAUCCAACUAUAUUUCGGCAAUUAGUUGGGAGCUUAAAUUACCUUACUAUUACCAGGUCUGAUAUCUCUUUUGCAGUUCAACAAGUUAGUCAGUUCAUGCAAGCUCUCCGUCAUCUUUAUUUGGUAGUUGUCCGUCGCAUCAUUCGAUACCUCCGAGGAACAUCUAAUAGUGGUUCGCCUAUUCGUCUUAAUGCUUUUAGUGAUUCUGAUUGGGCUGGAUGUUCUGACACUCGUCGUUCGGUUAUUGGUUGGUGCAUGUUUCUUGGAGAGUCUUUGAUAUCUUGGAAGAGUAAGAAGCAAGACCGCGUGUCAAAAUCUUUAACAGAGGCUGACUAUCGAGCAAUGUCUACUGCUUGCUCCGAGAUUGUGUGGCUUCGUAGACUACUUGCUGAGAUUGGAUUUCCUUAAUCUAAUCCUACUCCUCUCCAUGCUGACAAUACAAGUGCUAUUCAGAUUGCUACUAAUUCGGUUUAUCAUGAGCGGACCAAACACAUCGAAGUAGACUGUCAUUAUAUACGAGAAGCUGUAGAUAAAGGUGUCAUUACUCUUCUGCACGUGUCCAGUGAUCUUCAAAUAGCUGAUGCAUUUACAAACUCAAUGGCACGACAACGACAUCAGUUUCUGGUCGGCAAAUUGAUGUUUCUUGAUCUACCAGCAUCAAUUUGAGAGGGGAUGUUAGCAUGAUGUCAAAAAGAAGUAUUGUCUUUUAAUGACGGUGGUGUUGAGGCCAGUUUGCAUGCACUUGGUUAAUUCCGCAAGAUAUCUGCUACCUCCCAUGAGGUAUUAAUCAUUGAGCAAAUGGAAAUUAAGCAAAGCAAAUAGAGGAAGAGAAAUAGCCAUAAUAUGAAGUGAAGAAAUUGCUAUUCAGUUUCUAGAAUCUUCUACAAAGGUGUACACAUGGCGGACACGCAGUUCAUUGUUGCUGUUGACGCCGACUCUAAAUCAUACGGUGAAAAGUACUUUCUUUUAAUGAUUGUGGUGUUCGGGUCAAGCUUGCGUGCACCUGACUAAUUCUAUGAAAUACCUACUACCUCCCAUGAGUACCAGGCAAAAAGUAUUUUCCUUUAAUGAUCGUGGUGUUUGGGCCAAGCUUGCAUGCACCUGACUAAUUCAAUGAAUACGUAUUACUUCUCACGAGGUGCCAGGAGAGGAGCAUGUGCUUAUUGUAUGCCAAAAGAUAAAAAGGGCGCAACUUUAUUUCUUAACGAAACUCAUCAAGUACUCGCUGUGUCUGUCCAUGACUUUGCCAUGGGACAUCCCAACCCAUCACUGGGGCCUCACAACAAGUCCUUCACUGAAGCUGAUUCAAUCGAACAGAACCAAUCUGCUGGCGCUACAGAGCAGUUGUUGGUGGUCUUUUAUGCGCACGAUCUCUCCAGUGGUUGCACGUUACAAAGAAGUGGCUGGACAAGAAACAUAGAUAUGUUUUCCGAGUGGCUAUCAGCUCUACCUUUCUCAGGUGGUGGUUUCAAUGAUGCUUUAGUUGCUGAAGGCCUUGCUGAAGCAUUGAUGGUGUUUUCUUCACACAAUGGAAGUCAAACUCAACAAAAUGCUGAUGGGCAAAGACAUUGCAUACUUGUUGCUGCAAGUAAACCUUAUCUGUUGCCUACAGCAGUUACUCAAAUUCUGAAGCAGAGGGGAAUCAUUGAACAUACCAGUAAUGUUGUACUAGCUGAUGCUGAGACAGUUGCAAAGGCAUUUCCUCGGUGCUCUGUUUCCCUCUCUGUUAUAUGUCCAAGGAAACUUCCGAAAUUAAGAGCAAUAUAUAAUGCGGGAAAACGUAAUUCGCAAACAGCUGACCCGCCCGUUGAUACGUCUAAGAAUCCGAAUUUUCUUGUAUUAAUUUCUGAAGAUUUCAGCGAGGCUUGUGCUGCUUUCAGUGACACUGAAAUGGAAAGUUUGGCAUCAAACCAGAGCCUGGUUGAAAUGGAUACGUCUUCGGUGCCUCCAGUUUCCGGGCCAACAGCAACUUCUAAUCCAUCAGUUAUGAAUCAACAACCAAUUUCAGCUGGAAGUAUUCCUGCUGCAAUGGUAAAUAUUGAGCCCCUCAUGGUAACCUCUGUUAGUGGACCUGCACCUCCACGGAUUCCUACUUCUCAAGUCGCCGCCGUCUCACAAAGUGGUUUGCCUAUUUCUGUUUUUGAGGAGAUGGUCCCGGAUAAUGAAAAUACUAAGCCAACAACACCUAUUGUCAGUGUGAUGACACAGUCCUUAGGUCCAUUUACUGGUGCAGCUGCAAAUAUUGUAAUAUUGAAUGGAGUGACUUCUGCUAUACCUGCUGCUCCAUCUGUAUUAAUAUCUGGGCAACAAGGUGUCACAUCAAUGACUGGGUUUGAUCCAUUUGGCAGAACUAGUCAGAUAGCUCAAACCCCUGUUACUGUAUUAACGUCCGGGCAACUAGGUGUCACAUCAAUGAGUGGGUUUGCUCCAUGUGCCAGAACUGAUCCGAUAAAUCAAAACUCCAUUCCUGAAUCACUAACUUCAAUGGCUCCCAGUACGUCUGGGAAUUCAAACCUUUGUAUUUCCCAACUGUUGAGUAAUAUCCAAGGAGGCACUGGUGCAGGCAAUCAAACAACACCUGUAAUGAGUGAAGGUAAUCUUCCUAGGUGUCAAAUUAUGCAAAGCGGAAUAGGCAUGCACCCGAAUGUGCCAAGUGAAAUGGGUACCGGUAUGCGUUCGGGAAUUGGCACUAUGAUGCCUAAUCCAGAGAGGACUCAACAAGGACAGCCUAGAAUAUUGCCUCUUGGCAGGAAUAACAGUGCAGAGGCUCACAUGUCUGGGAAUUCAAACCCUUGCAUUUCCCCAUUGUUGAGUAAUAACCAUCGAGACAUUGGUGCGGGUAGUCAAACAGCACCUGUAAUGAUUGAAAAUUUUCCUAGGUCUCAAAUGAUGCAAAGUAGGAGAGGCAGGCACCAGAAUGUGCCGAGGGGAAUGGGUACUGGUAUCCUUUCGGGAAUUGGCACGAUGAUGCCUACUCCGAGGAUGACUCGACAAGGACAGUCUGGAAUAUUGCCUCUUGGCAGGAAUAACACUGGAGAGGCUAACAUGUCUCUAUCUCAUCAGCAAACAUCGGUUACAUUUCCAUUAGCCCAAUCAAGUUACGUCAAAUUCUGGGAGGGGGACUUAUAUGUACCGAGAUUGAGUGAACCUGUUGUGAGACUACAGGGCUACAUGAGAGCUUCAGCUUCUGAAUCGCUUGCUGCAAAUUGGCCCCCAACAAUGCUAAUUGAGCACGUAAUUUCUGAAGAGCAUAUGAAUGAACGUGUUAGGCCGCGCACUGAAAGGACAAAUCUUCUAGUUUUUUUGUCAAUGGGACCGCAUGCACUUUUUAACCAGCUGCAAGAAGGGAACCAAAGUGCAGUAAUUUCACUACCAUCACAGAGACUGAUCCUCGAAGUUUCUGAUGAGACUACCCGCUUAAAUGGAUUUCUUUUGCCUUCUGAGAACACGGUGUUGAGGCCAACGACACCCAAUCAGCAGAUGCGAGCAACACCUCGUCCUCAAUUACAGCAGCAGCAGCGAGCACAGCCGCUGCUGGAGCAACUGCACAACUACAGGAUCAGCGACCACUGCUUGCACAACCGUCAAGGCUGAUGUUGCGACAACAGCUACCAGUAGUCACGACAACUGUGGAUCGAGCAUACAUGCCAGUCACUGAAAGUUCACAACUUGUGUCUCAGACUCGAGCUUCACCACCGGUACUUCCAAAUUUACCAGAGGUCAUUUUAAUUGAGGACAGUGACGAUGAACUAUAAAACUAGACAAUUAGAAAUUACAAUAAGACUAAAGCAGCUGAAACUCCUUGUACUUAGCUACAUCAUAUUUGGGUCUCCUUUUUUUUUUUCCAUGAAGAAAGAUACUUGCAAAA